GAGGGAGAGGGAGAGAUGAGGAUGGAAGGAGGGGAGGAAACGCAGGCUCCAGAGAGGGUGUCUUUGACCUGGGAGAGCCAUCCGCCGCAGCCCGCAAACAGCAGCCGGGCUAAGUGGGUCCGGCUGAACGUCGGGGGCACGGUCUUCCUCACCACCAGGCAGACCUUGUGCCGGGAGCAGAAAUCGUUCCUCUGCCGCUUGUGCCAGGGGGAGGAGCUGCAGUCAGACCAGGAUGAGACUGGUGCAUACCUUAUAGACCGGGACCCCACAUAUUUUGGACCCAUCCUGAAUUUCCUGCGUCAUGGCAAGCUGGUACUGAAUAAAGACAUGGCUGAGGAGGGGGUUUUAGAAGAAGCUGAAUUCUAUAACAUCGGCCCUUUAAUCAGAAUAAUCAAGGACAGACUGGAGGAGAAGAACUACACCGUAACACAGGUGCCUCCGAAGCAUGUGUACCGGGUGCUGCAGUGCCAGGAAGAAGAGCUCACUCAGAUGGUUUCCACUAUGUCAGAUGGAUGGCGCUUUGAGCAGCUGGUGAAUAUCGGGUCAUCCUAUAACUAUGGGAAUGAGGACCAGACAGAGUUCCUGUGCGUAGUCUCCAAAGAGUUGUACAACUCACCCAAUGGCCUGAGCUCUGAGCCUAGCCGCAAAGCCAAGCAAAUUAAUCUACCUGGGAUUCUGCUAAUUCUGUCCAGAUUCCCUCUCCUGCUCCCUUCCUGCCCAUGGGGUUCUUGUCACCUCUCUCCUACUUCCUCCCUUCCACACAGUUCUUUCCCCAAGAAUCCCUCCCUCCACUCCCCUCUUCCCUCACUCUCUCUCCUCAUGCACCUAGGUUCCUGCCUCCCCUCCCACCUUCCACUCCUGGUGUCCUGUGUGCUCCCUGCUCAGGAUCCUGUCUCCUCCUGCUCCUCACUCUUCCUCCUCUGCAGUUUAUGGCAGCCCUCUGGGGGAAAGCGUCGCAGCGACUCCACUCCUCACCCUCAACUUGUUGCCUUUGUUUUUAAAGUUCUGUUUUGGAAUAUCGUUUCUGAAGCUCACGCCCGCCUCCCCCCUGAGAAAGGCAGAUACCGACGCCUGUGUGUCUGACUUGCUGCAGGGGAUGUAAUCCACACCCUGCAAUCUCCCCAGGCCCACAGGAUUCCCCUUCUUUAGGGACACAGUCAGUGCUUAAUUUGUGCCAGGGCUCAGCCCUGGCAUCUCUAGGCUUGGCAGUUCAUAGCCCCAGCAUCUCUGGACUUGCCACAUCAGUUUUGAAAAUAAAUCAUUGCUUGAGCCCCGGCACCUCUUUCACUACAAAUUAAGCACUGGUCACAGUUACCCAUGCUGGAGAGUCCAGAACUCAACAGCUACACACUUCCUUCCUACCCACAUCUGCUGACUAGAUUCAGGCCUGUGUGUUUGAUUUACUGUCAGAGCCACUGUUGGGGAGGGCAGUUGAGCUUUGCUUGUCACCAGGGGGCAAAUGGGGAAUCCCUGCCUCUCUCCAGAUAGCCUGUGCUUAGCACAAGGAGUAAAGGGGCAGCAUUGACCCUUUUCUGGGUAAUAUACACACACACAGGCCCUGCAGUGAGAGGUUUAAUUUCAAUGGGGGAGAAAGAGGCAGGAGUAUAGCAUGGCGUACCUGGCUUCUGAUGUAGCUUCUGACUGUUCUAGGAAGGAGAUGCCUGCCAGUGCUUCUGGACAUGGGGUGUUUCCGCUGUGUUAUAACUCCUGAAUAAAUGUGACUGUCCAUUA